AUGUUCGCCGCUUCCAACUCGACCGGGCUCGUGCUCACCCUGCCUAGCAACUACCUCUUCGUCGGGCUCGUCGGUGUCGGUACCUUCUGGGUCAAUCUCCUCCAAAUCUUGCAAGUUUCCAAGUACAGGAAGCUUUCCGGAAUCGAGUACCCUCAGCACAUGGCCACUCAGGAGCAGGCCAAGUCGAGCCAAGCUGCCAUGAAGUUUAACUGCGCUCAAAGGAUUGUGAACGCGGCUAUAGGGAACGCUCCGACGUUCCUCGUCGGUCUCUUUUGGACCGGUCUCUACGCUCCUAAUCUUGCUGCCUCCCUCGGAGGCCUCUACCUGGUUGGUCGUGUGCUCUACACUCUGGGAUACAUCAAUGCCGGGCCUAAGGGAAGGUUGACUAAGGGUGGCUUGCUAGCUACCUUCGGAUACUACCCUUUGAUGUUGAUCGCGACCUACUACGCUGUCAAACCUCUUCUCGCCCUCGUCUAA